CGGAGCCGGACCGGGAUGGCGGAGCCCCAGGCGGAGUCGGAGCCCCUUCUGGGUCGGGCCCGCGGCGGCGGCGGCGACCGUGCCUCAGCCAGGCGGGACCUCCGCAUUGACCAGGCUGUGGUCUUCAUCGAAGACGCCAUCCAGUACCGCUCCAUCAAUCACCGCAUGGAUGCCAGCUCAAUGUGGCUUUACCGACGGUAUUACUCGAACACGUGCCAACGGGCUCUGGGCUUCACCAUCUUCCUGAUCCUGGCUCUGGCCUUUGUGGAGACCCCUUCCUCCCUCACCAGGACGGCCGACGUGCGCUUCCGCCUCCCGCCCUGGGAGCCGCCCUGCGGCCUGACCGAGAGCCUCGAGGCUCUCUGCCUGCUCGUCUUUGUGGCUGACGUCUGUGUGAAGGGUUACCUGGUCGGGUGGGCCGAGUUCCGGAACAGCCUCUGGCUGCUGGCCUACCUCGUGGUGCUGCUUGUGUCUCUGGUGGACUGGGCGGUGUCCCUGAGCCUCGUGUGUCAGGAGCCCCUGCGGAUCCGCCGGCUCCUGCGCCCCUUCUUCCUGCUGCAGAACUCGUCCAUGAUGAAGAAGACCCUGAAGUGCCUCCGGUGGUCGCUGCCGGAUAUGGCCAGCGUCGGGCUGCUGCUGGCCAUCCACCUGUGCCUCUUCACCGUGUUCGGCAUGUUGCUGUUUGCUGGCGAGACGGACGAAGGGCAGGCCAGAGAACGGCUGACCUACUUCCGGAACCUCCCAGAGGCUCUGACUUCCCUCCUGGUGCUGCUGACCACAGCCAACAACCCCGACGUGAUGAUCCCCGCGUAUUCCAGGAACCGGGCCUACGCCCUCUUCUUCAUCCUGUUCACCCUCAUCGGAAGCUUGUUUCUCAUGAACCUGCUGACGGCCAUCGUGUACAAUCAGUUCCGGGGCUACCUCAUGAAGUCCCUCCAGACCUCGCUGUUCCGAAGACGGCUGGGGACGCGGGCCGCCUUCGAGGUGCUGGCCUCCAUGCCGGGAGCCGGGGAGACCUCUGUUCAGGCACGGGGGGUGAAGCCCCAGGACUUCCUGCAGGCGCUUCGCAAGGCCCAGCUGGACGCCUCGCACAGACAGGCCAUCGAGGAGAGGGUGUGCGCCUACGAGGGUGCCCUGCUGUCGGCCGAGGAGUUUCAGAAAGUCUUCGACGAGGUUGACAGGAGCGUGGUUAAAGAGCACCCGCCGCGGCCCCGCUACCGGUCUCCGGUCCUGCAGCGCGCCCAGCUGGCCUGCUGCCACCGCUGCUUCGACGUCCUGGGGAACCUCGUCGUCCUGGGGAACCUCGCGUCCAUCUGUGUGUUCCUGGUGCUGGACGCCGACGUGCUGCCUCGGAACCGCGACGACUUCGUCCUGGGGGUCCUCAACUGUGUCUUCAUCCUCUACUACGUCCUGGAGACCCUGCUCAAGGUGUUCGCCCUGGGCCCGCGCGGGUACCUGUCCUACGCCAGCAAUGUGUGUGACGGCGUGCUCACCGGGGUCCUGCUGGUGUUGGAGAUCUUGACCGUGGCUGCAUACGGAUUCCCACACCCAGGCUGGAAGCCGGAGAGGAGGGGGCUGCUGUCGCUGUGGGACAUGGCCCGGCUGGUGAACGUGCUCAUCGUCUUCCGCUUCCUUCGCAUCAUCCCCAGCACGAAGCCGAUGGCCGUGGUGGCCAGCACCAUCCUGGGCCUGAUCCAGAACCUGCGGGCCUUCGGCGGGAUCCUGCUGGUGGCAUACUACGUGUUCGCCAUUGUCGGGAUCAGCUUGUUCCGCGGCGUCAUCGUGGCCCCUUCUGGAAACAGCAGCCUGGCGCCUGGCAAUGGCUCAGCCCCUUGUGGCAGCUUCGAGCAGCUGGAGUACUGGGCCAACAACUUCGACGACUUUGCCGCCGCGCUGAUCACGCUGUGGGACCUGAUGGUGGUCAACAACUGGCAGGUGUUCCUGGACGCGUUCCGGCGCCACGCGGGCCCGUGGUCGGAGGUCUACUUUGUGUCCUGGUGGCUGGUGUCCUCGGUCAUCUGGGUCAACCUGUUCCUGGCCCUGCUGCUGGAGAACUUCCUUCACUGCUGGGACCCCCGCAGCCACCAGCAGCCCUUGGCUGGGACCCAGGAGGCCGCCUGCCUGGCAUCUGUGGAGCUCAUGUUCAGGGACGUGUUGGAGGAGCCGAAGGAGGAGGAACUGCUGGAGUGGCUGCGCCACCACCCGCACCUGCCACUGUGCAGGUGACGGCAGGAGGCCUUCCUGGUGGAGGUGCCAGGAAGGCGACGCUGGCCGGGACGGACGCCGGCGCGGCCAGGCAGGAGAGCCCGUG